GGAACCGGAAGCACGGCAGCGACGGUGCGGCCGGCUUUCUCCCUGGGCUGCUGUCCCCCGGCGUCAUGCGGGGCUUCGGGCCAGGGCUGACCACGCGGAAUCUCCUCCCGCUGCGGUUUGCCCCGCGGCCGCCGCGGCCUCCAGGGCCCCUGCUGUCGAGCAGGUCGGCGGCGGCGGCGGCGGGGCCGAGCUCCCUGACGCGGGCCAUGGACGAGCUGCUUCGCCGCGCCGUGCCGCAGACGCCGGCCUACGAGCUGCGCGAGAAGACCCCUGCGCCCGCUGAGGGCCAGUGCGCCGACUUCGUGAGCUUCUACGGCGGCCUGACCGAGGCGACCCAGCGCGCCGAGCUCCUGGGCCGCCUGGCGCAGGGCUUCGGCGUGGACCACGGCCAGGUGGCCGAGCAGAGCGCCGGCGUGCUCCAGCUGCGAGAGCAGCCGCGGGAGGCGGCCGUGCUGCUGCAGGCUGAGGACCGGCUGCGCUACGCGCUGGUGCCGCGCUACCGCGGCCUCUUCCAUCACAUCAGCAAGCUGGACGGAGGCGUGCGCUUCCUGGUGCGGCUGCGGGCAGACCUGCUCGAGGCGCAGGCGCUGAAGCUGGUGGAGGGGCCACACGUCCGGGAGAUGAACGGGGUGCUAAAAAGCAUGCUCUCAGAAUGGUUCUCUUCAGGGUUCCUGAACCUGGAGAGAGUCACCUGGCAUUCGCCGUGUGAGGUGCUUCAGAAAAUCAGUGAGUCUGAGGCCGUGCACCCCAUAAAGAGCUGGAUGGACAUGAAGCAACGCGUCGGGCCCUACAGGCGAUGCUACUUCUUUUCUCAUUGUUCAACGCCCGGGGAGCCCCUGGUCAUUUUGUAUGUGGCGCUCACCAGUGACAUCUCCAGCAACAUCCAGGCCAUCGUGAAGGAGCAGCCCCUGUCGGAGACCGAGGAGAGGGACAGGAUCGCCGCUGCCAUCUUCUACUCCAUCAGCCUCACGCAGCAGGGACUGCAGGGCGUCGAGCUGGGCACUUUCCUCGUAAAGCGCGUCCUCAAGGAGCUGCAGAAAGAGUUCCCGCACCUGGGGGCCUUUUCCAGCCUGUCGCCCAUACCCGGAUUCACCAAAUGGCUCCUGGGGCUUCUGGGCUCGCAGACAAAGGAGCAUGGGCGGAACGGCCUGUUCACGGAUUCGGAAAGUAAAGAGCUCGGCGAGGCUGUGGGCGGCCCCGUGCCCGAGACCCUCAAGGUCCUCCUGAGCGGCAGCGAGUGGGCACAGUCGGAGAAGCUGGUGCAGGCGCUCCAGGCGCCGCUGAUGCGGCUCUGCGCUUGGUACCUGUACGGCGAGAAGCACCGCGGCUAUGCCCUCAACCCCGUGGCCAACUUCCACCUGCAGAACGGGGCCGUGAUGUGGCGCAUCAACUGGAUGGGCGACAGCAGCCCCCGGGGCCUCACCAGCUCGUGCGGCCUCAUGGCCAACUACCGCUACUUCCCGGAGGAGACGGGCCCCAACAGCACCGCCUACCUGGGCAGCAAGAGCAUCAAAGCUUCCGAGCAGGUCCUCAGCCUGGUGGCCCAGUUCCAGAAGAACAGCAAGCUCUAGGCGCAGCCCUCCUGCUGGAGGGUGAGGAGAGCCACAGCCGUGCUGUGUCCCCUGCUGCCGCAGGGCCCUCUGCUAGGCCAGGACGCAGCCUUUACUGCAUUGGCAAAGCUGUGCCACCCGAAGGAGGUGGCAGGUGCUGGUGCCCGCACCCUGGGGGUCACUGAGUGCCCCCCGAAGUGCCAUGAAGCCCUGCAGCCUCUGUGUCUUGCCACCCAGGGGUGACAGUAGGCCUAGGACGGGGGCGGGCAGCCCAAACACAUCACAUGCAGCCUUGGCUGGUGGGGCAGCCUGGGCCUCUGUCUCCUCGGCACAUGGGAAACUCAGAAGCUCUGAUUCUCACCAGGUGCAUGACUCCCAUCACCUGGUGAGUUAAGGCACCAAACGUGGGAUGUUGCUGCUAGAAGCCUGAGCUGCGUUCUAAGCUUUAAAGUUACAGUGAUUAGCUGGGUAUUGAGGCACACGCCUGUAACCCAGCAUUUGGGAAGCUGAGGCAGGAGAAUCUGCAACUUCAAGACCAGCCUGGUGUACAAAGUAAGCUCAGAGCCAGCCUGAACUGUAUAGCAAGACUCUGGCUCUAAAAGACAAAAGGACAAAAAAUAUUACAGUGAUUCAAGUUCAUAAUGAACUGAAUAGUAAAGAACAAGUUUGUUCUGUAAAGCAAUAAACAUGGUUCUUUAA